GAAUCAGAUGUAGGAAGAAACCCUUGGUGGGAAACUAAACGUAAACCAUUCGGUCUUCAAUCCAUCAAAAUUAAAUCAACACAGAAGCAACGCAAUCCUAAUUUCCGAUCAAAUUAAAAAAGAAGAAGACUAUUAAUUAGCGUUAAGGAUUUGGUAAGAGGCAAAUAUCAUCUGAACUAAACAAUUCUGGUUCUUCAGCUGUGGUGGUUGUGGAUAUGGAGAAGUACAGUUACCCAUCUGUUGAUGAUGACUAUACUGAUUCUUUGUGGGCUGCUCCUGAAAACCAAACUCGGGGUACAAGAUCUAUAGGACUUGAGCAUUCUCACAAACCUUCUUUCGAGUCUGAAGAUUUUAUUGAUGGAGAUAAUUAUGACUUUGACGAUGAUGAUCGUAGCAACACUGUUCAGCCUGAAGUAAAUUUGAAAAAUGUAUUGACUGGGAUAAUGGCAAUUGUCACGGGUCGUAAUAAAGAUACCAACGGAGAUACUGUUUCAGAAGUUUCUGGUACAGACGUUGCAUUUCUUGGAUCUGCUAAGAAUGGAGAUACUUACCUGCACCCGUCUGUAUACAUUCCCAGUGCCCCUCCACUCCUUGAUCUGAGUGGAAUUAACUAUAAUGCUUACAAACAAGUGUUAGAAGCCGAGCCACCGGAGUGGCUUCGGGACAGUUCUACUAAAGUUUGUAUGCAAUGCAAUGCUCCCUUCACUGCGUUAACUCGUGGUAGACAUCACUGCCGAUUUUGUGGAGGGAUCUUUUGUAGGGCCUGCUCAAAGGGAAGAUGCUUAUUACCUGUUAAGUUUAGAGAGAGAAAUCCGCAGAGGGUGUGUGAUACCUGCUAUGAUAUGCUUGAUCCAUUACAAGGUGUAUUAAUUAACACCAUCAGCAACGCAGUUCAAGUCGCAAAGCAUGAUGUCAUGGAUUGGACAUGCACAAGGGGAUGGUUAAAUCUUCCGGUCGGCAUGUCUAUGGAACAUGAAAUAUACAAGUCUUCUAGCACGUUGCGGAGUUACUCCCGGGUUGCUAGGUUAAAUCCUGAAAAGUCUAUUCCUGCAGCAGUUAUGAAAGGAGCUAAAGGUCUUGCUAUUUUAACGGUUGCUAAAGUUGGGAUGCUACUUACUUACAAGCUUGGUACUGGUUUGGUCAUGGCUCGAAGGGCAGAUGGUUCAUGGUCUGCACCUUCUGCUAUAAUUUCAGCUGGUCUCGGAUGGGGUGCUCAGGCUGGAGGUGAGCUUAUGGACUUCAUAAUUGUGCUUCAUGACUUCAAAGCUGUGAAAACGUUCUGCAGUCGCAUGCAUUUUUCUCUUGGAGCUGGUUGCAGUGCUGCGGCAGGACCUGUUGGGAGAGUUCUAGAAGCUGAUCUACGAGCUGGUGAUAGAGGCUCUGGCAUGUGUUACACUUACAGUUGUAGCAAAGGUGCAUUUGUUGGAGUGUCCUUAGAAGGAAAUGUUGUUGCAACGAGGAUGGAUACUAAUCUUCAGUUUUAUGGCGAUCCGUAUCUCACAACUGGUGAUAUACUUCUUGGGACCGUGGACAGGCCGAAGGCUGCUGAACCCUUGUAUGCUGCUCUGGACGAGCUUUACUCUAAACUUCAAUGUUAGACCACAUCUUUCGGAAGCUUGUUAAAUAAUGUCACAAUGUUUCUAUGUGUAUAUAUUACAGCUGUACAGAAUUCUUCUAAAAAAAUGCAUAUGUUCUUGAAAAAACUUCAGUUGGUUUAAUUAUUUUCGAAAGGAAAAACAUUGUUGGUUGCACUUUGUCAGUUGUAUAUAGUGAAAUUGUAGACUUACACAAGAGAUGCAAGAUACACAUAAUUUUUGAAAGUUUGAAAUUGAUUUCUUUGUU